GGUAGAAGUUAAAGGAGAAUGCGAGUGUGCAGUGAAGGACAGCAUGCUACAGCAGCACCUGACCCUGGGACUGUUCCUCUUUUCUGAUCUCUUCCUAAAAGGUUUGACGUCUGCGGUUGAAGGCCCUUCGAUGUUGAAGGCUUCGCUUGGCGAGACGCUGUGUGUAAAGUGUCGAUAUGAAAAAUAUUAUUCUAACUUCGUAAAGUACUGGUGCAAAGGCUCUGAUUGGAAAUACUGUGAAGAGGUCAUUAAGACUGACAGUACUGAGGAAGAAAAGAGAGUUGGCAGAACUGUUAUCAAAGACAAUCAGACGCAACUUGAAUUCACAGUGAAAAUGGAGAAUAUCACCAUGGAAGAUGCUGGCAUUUAUUGGUGUGCCAUAGAGAAAUCCUUUGCAGAUUUCAAGUGGGAAGUAAAUAUUACGGUAACCGUAGAGCUACCAACUACCAGUAUUAUAACAACGGAGUAUUUUUCCACCACCUCAGCCUUCCCUAUUGAAACUACAGGGACAAGUCCAAAUAGAGAACCUGACCUCAUAAUCCUGCUACCCGUGGUUCUUGGGUUACUGGUGCUAAUUUUAGGUGGAACUACACUGUUGAUGUGGAAGCUAAGGAAGAAAAAAGCUACCAAAAACUCUAAGGAUCUCCUUCCAUCUACGAUUUCUCCUUCAUCUGAUGGCACAGAAGUGGCAUAUACAACUGUGAUACCAACUCGGUCUUUUGCUUCUAAGUCUCAGGCUUCUGAAAACACAGGAAAGGUUGAUUAUGCGUCCUUCAGGUUUUCUACCUUAAAUGACCAAUCUAUCUACGCUAAUGUGUGAGAAGACGACCAUCAAGCCACUCCUGAGAAGAUCUCAUUAUAUGAACUGAAAAAGAAGGAUUCAGAACCUCCUCCAUCCUCCUGUUCCAGCUGCUCUGAUAGAUGAGCACAACUCUUCUGCAUCACUUACAUUACUGCAGAGAUGCGAUAAAAUAAAGACCAUCCUCUUGACCUAAGUGGAAUGGCACUCCAGAGCCAUCUUCAGCAACUUCUGUGUUAAGCCAAAGUAUCUAAAAACUGUCCUCCUGGACUACAGCAUCUAUCAUUCCCCAGCCAAGCCACCCAUUGUUUUGUGUGAUAUGUUUCGUCAUUCAACACUUUGAAAAUCCCCUGGAUUUGCUCCUCCCUUAGGACAAUCUUGCCAAUAGCCUCAGGAUUCAUUCAAGCACAUGGACUAUUUAAAUCCAGCAGUGUACCUAAGCGAUUCUGCCGGUAAAGGUUAGUAUCUGAGUAACCUGGCAGGUAAACCUCCUUGCUUAGUUUUUUUUUUUUUUCAUCAUCAGUUGUAGCAGAAGGAAAUAAAAGCCAUA